CCGGGGCCGGAGCAGGAGCAGGAGCAGGAGCGGAGCUGCGGAGGCCGUUCUGUCGCAUGCUCCCAGGGCUCCUUCCCCGCCGUGGCUUUGAAGAGGCCGUUGCGCGGGAGCUCGGUGUGGAGCGCAUCGUCGGAAGUGUCGGAAGCAGCGCCGUGUGCCGAGCGCAUCGUUGGAAGUGCAGGUGGCGGCCCGUGGGGCGGUGUUACUCUGCUGGGCCACUUUGGUGGUGGCUUCCGCCCCCGCCCCUGGGGGGGGGGGCGUGUUUGUGCAGGGGCAGCGAAGGGCAUUGCAGCAUCCCCAAAUUAACAGUAGGUCCCUUGACAGAAUUCCCCUUAAGAAGCAGAAACCGAAGGGCUCCGUUGCUGCCGCUGCUCGCUGGCCUCGGUCUGCAUAUGUAUCCCCUGUUAGCCCGCGGAGCCACACCAGGAGGUGGCGGGUUUGGAACAUGACUUGCCCUCGUUCUCCCGGGCAGGGGGAGCCGUCUUAUGUGGUCGGUUGUUGCGGAGCUGCAUCGUUUACCUGAUGACUUGCUAUGUGUGGUGGUGUCUUUAAUUUCUGUCCAUCCAACAAAGCUAAUUCCACGUUUUUUUCAAGCAUUCUUGUCACCUCUUCUGCUCUGUGGACUCACAGAAACUGAUGUGUAGGGACCUUAAACGGAAACGAGCUUGAUCCUUGUGCUGCACAGCCCCUGGGUACAAGCUCCCAACUCUGUAUCCUGUAAUAAGUGGCUUAACUGUUCUGCUAUUUCCCCCAAAUCACUUUAGUACCGGGAGCCUCCUCUCGUUUUUAACAGCUGCAUUGAGAUCAAGUAUUUUAUUCUAAAGCAGUAUUUCUCAACUUAAUCAGAUACCUCCUGCUUACUCCUGUGCCCCUAUCUUUUUUCAAGAGAUGCACCAUAUUAGUCUUAAGAGCAUUGUCAGCCUUUUUAAUGUGUGGUUUACUUUUUUAGUGUGCAGCACACAUGAACACCUCACUUUCUCCUCACACAUUGAUCUUGGCUGCUGGAAAAACCCACUCAGUAUCCUCAAUGCUUCAAUAUAGGACUUAGCAGCAGCGCUGGAAUUGCUGUGCUUCCUUUAAGAUACAGAUGUCAAUGGAAAAGAAAAAAGCUUUCUGUCAGAUUUAAUUUACCAGUAUUUAGCAAAAAUCCAAGGGCUGAUCUAUGCAGUUUUUACCUAAAGUCUACUCAUUAAAAGUGUAGUUUCACUGUGCUAGCAUUCCAUGGCUGGAGCAGCUCAGAGGAAUUUGUCUCAUUCCGGCAUGGAAUUCCAUGACCCGGCUGCUGCUCAUGGCUCAGCCUCUGACUGAAGACCUGGGUCAGACCUGUUGCUUUAAUCUUUCUGAAACCUGGUUUACUCAGGUUUUGAACGUUCCCUGACAUAGCUGGAUCUGCUCAGAUUUUUCUAAACCAGAUACACCUCAACAAGGAAGCCCGGCUCGCCCGAGAGCCGCCUAGCAUACAGUACCGUCAGGCUGCGCCGGGCCUGCUGGCACCGGCGGGUCCGCACCCCAGCAGCCCGAGAGCAGCCGCUGCGGACGGCUGGGCGACGCGGAAUGCUGCGGUUGCCCCUGGCGACGGGCGGGGCGACUUCCGCGGGGCCCGGCGCGGCUUCCGGGAGAGGCGGGAGCAGUGGAUCCAGGUGCGGCCCUCGGUUCUGCCCGCUCCGCGCCCUCGGCCGCCGCCAUGGCCCGCAAGAAGCUACACCGACCCAUCGCCGCCAUGGCCAAGAAGAUCCGCGCGUACCGGGCGCUGAAGGAUCGGCCACGGGACUCUCAGCGCUUCGCCGUGGACUACGAGACCAUGCGACGGCCGCUGACGCAGAAACGGCUGCCCGUGCGGGCCUGGGAGGACGUGCGUAACGAGAACCGACUGUUGGCGCUGCUCUGCCGCCUGCCGCGCUUCGGCGUGGGCCGCACCGUAACCCGCAAGUCCUGGCUGUGGGCGCACCGCGAGCCCUGCUACUGGGUCAUCACCAAGGUGAAGGCGGACUACACGGCCGAGAACGUGGACCAUGGAAGAGCCUGGGGCUACCUGACAUUCAAAGGCAAAACUGAAGAGGAAGUGAGGGAGAUUGACAAAGCCAUGUACCAUGACUGGCGUAUAGUGCCCAAACACGAGGAGGAAGCCUUCAAGAAAUUCACCCCAGUGCCUGAGGCAACUGUUCGGUUCCUGCCAUACCCACCACUACUCCGAGCCAUGAUCCUUGCACAGUGGCAGAAGGAAGGAAAACCAAUAAUGGAAGAGCCAAUUAUUGAUCUGGAGAAGGUCCUGGCCUCUCCCCAAGAGUGGGCAAAGAAAAAAGCUACUGGGACACCGGUGUAGACUUCUUCAGUGUCCUAAGCAUCCCACGUGCUCUCACUGCCUGUUAAAAGCUCAGUGCACAAAGGGUCUUACAGAGCCCCUCUGUGCCCAUUGUCCUAGGAUGUUUCCAGCUUUCUCCUCAGCCCUGUACAGUCACAUCAUGUGAAAGGAAAGAUGCAAAUAUAUUCAGACUCUUCUUCCAUAACUUUGGUUUCAGUAAGCAGAGGGGUCUUCUUGGUUCCCUGGAUAGUCCCUAAAUACAAAGCUUCAGUCAGCCAGCUACAGUUCUUUGGAGUUACAUUUUUUAUGUAACUUGGGUCCUGCAUGAAUCACAGAAAAAUGACUGUAAAUAUCACAGUAUUUCACAGAGCUGUGACAAAAUGUAUCUUCAAAUGGAAAUAAAUGUUUUCUUAAUUCUGCAGCACA